AUGGCCCGUUCUGUUCAACCCAUACGCCCUCGUGUGGCUGUGAUACUAGGCGACCCAGCGGGCGUCGGUCCGGAGCUUGCUGCGAAGUUGUUGAGCAAUCAGAAGAAUCUUGCGAAAGCCGACAUCCACGUCCUUGCGGACAAUUCAGAAUGGGAGUCGGCUAUCGCUGAUGCCGGGAAUGUCCAUGUUCCCAUCUCAGACACGGCGAGCCCAAACGGCGUCAAGAUCCACGAUGACAACAGCGCUAGCCAGGUUUCUGUCGUCCGCGCGGAAGUCUCCCAGGAUGGAGGUGCACGUUGUAUAUAUCAGCUGAAGCGGGCUCUGAGAAUGGUCGAGGCCGGCGAGAUCGAUGCCAUUGUGUUUGCCCCUCUCAACAAGAGUUCUUUGAAGAAGGCUGGCAUGACUGAGGAAGAUGAGUUGCGAUGGUUCGCCAACCAGCUGCAGUACAGCGGCACGACAAGCGAGAUCAACAUUGCUGGGCCUCUAUGGACUGCACGUGUCACCAGCCAUAUCGGCAUUGAGGAGGUGGCUGCAAGAGUCAGCAAAGAAUCAACGCUCAAGGCCAUCGAGUUGCUUCAACAAUUAAGAUGGGAAUCCGGAAUCGAGUACCCACGACUCGCAGUCUGUGCCUUGAAUCCCCACAACGGGGAGAAUGGCAGCUUUGGUCGACAGGAAAUCGAUCAUAUUCGUCCUGCGGUUCUUGCUGCGCGAGAAAAGGGGAUCGACGUCGAGGGACCCUUUCCUUGCGAUACCAUAUUCCUUAAGCGCGCACAUUACGAUGGUAUCGUCACAAUGUACCACGACCAAGGCCAGAUAGCACUGAAGCUUCUCUCUUUCGACGGAGGAGUGACAGUACAAGGUGGCCUCCCGAUUCCAAUCGCAACGCCUGCGCACGGCACGGCCUUUGACAUUGCUGGCAAGAAUCUUGCCUCAGUCACAAGUACACAGAAUGCUUUCGACGUGGCAGUCACUAUGGCAGAACGGAGGAUAGCGAAGCAACUGGCGGGUAAGACUGCGGUGGAGGUCAUAAGUCCGAAACAGAGGAUCUUGCCCCAGAUCACAACUAAAGAAGUCCCAUCUUGUUGCUGA